AAAAACCGUUCAGCUGUGAUGAGUGUGGGACAACUUUCGCUCGAUCAAGUCAUCUCAAAUCACAUCAACUUAUUCAUACAGGAGAAAAACCGUUCAGCUGUGAAGAGUGUGGGACAACUUUCGCUCGAUCAGGUGCUCUCAUAUCACAUCAACGUAUUCACUCAGGAGAAAAAACCGUUCAGCUGUGAAGAGUGUGGGACAACUUUCGCUCAAUCAGGUAAUCUCAAAAUACAUCACCGUAUUCAUACAGGAGAAAAACCGUACUGGUGUGAAGAGUGUGGGAAAACUUUCACUACAUCAGGUAAUCUCAAAAUACAUCACCGUAUUCAUACAGGAGAAAAACCGUACUGGUGUGAAGAGUGUGGGACAACUUUCGCUCAAUCAAGUCAUCUCAAAAUACAUCAACGUAUUCAUCACACAGGAGAAAAACCGUUCAGCUGUGAAGAGUGUGGGACAACUUUCGCUCAAUCAAGUCAUCUCAAAAGACAUCAACGUAUUCAUACAGGAGAAAAACCUUUCAGCUGUGAAGAGUGUGGGACAACUUUCGCUAGAUCAGGUCAUCUCAAAUCACAUCAACGUAUUCAUACAGGAGAAAAACCGUACAGCUGUGAAGAGUGUGGGAAAACUUUCGCUCAAUUAGGUGUUCUCAUAUCACAUCAACGUAUUCAUACAGGAGAAAAACCGUACAGCUGUGAAGAGUGUGGGAAAACUUUCACUACAUCAAGUGCUCUCAAAAUACAUCACCGUAUUCAUACAGAAGAAAAACCGUACAGCUGUGAAGAGUGUGGGAAAACUUUCACUACAUCAAGUGCUCUCAAAAUACAUCACCGUAUUCAUACUGGAGAAAAACCGUACUGGUGUGAAGAGUGUGGGACAACUUUCACUCAAUUAGGUGCUCUCAAAAUCCAUCAACGUAUUCACGCAGGAGAAAAACCGUACUGGUGUGAAGAGUGUGGGAAAACUUUCACUACAUCAGGUGCUCUCAAAAUACAUCACCGUAUUCAUACAGGAGAAAAACCGUACUGGUGUGAAGAGUGUGGGACAACUUUCGCUCAAUCAAGUCAUCUCAAAAUACAUCAACGUAUUCAUCCAGGAGAAAAACCAUACUGUCAGCAAUGUGACAAAUCCUUUACAACAUCUGGAACUUUAAAGCGCCACCUGCUUAUUCACACAGGAGAAAAACCGUUCAGCUGUGAUGAGUGUGGGACAACUUUCGCUCAAUCAAGUCAUCUCAAAUCACAUCAACGUAUUCAUACAGGAGAAAAACCGUUCAGCUGUGAUGAGUGUGGGACAACUUUCGCUCGAUCAAGUCAUCUCAAAUCACAUCAACUUAUUCAUACAGGAGAAAAACCGUUCAGCUGUGAAGAGUGUGGGACAACUUUCGCUCGAUCAGGUCAUCUCAUAUCACAUCAACGUAUUCAUACAGGAGAAAAACCGUUCAGCUGUGAUGAGUGUGGGACAACUUUCGCUCGAUCAAGUCAUCUCAAAUCACAUCAACUUAUUCAUACAGGAGAAAAACCGUUCAGCUGUGAUGAGUGUGGGACAACUUUCGCUCAAUCAAGUCAUCUCAAAUCACAUCAACUUAUUCAUACAGGAGAAAAACCGUUCAGCUGUGAAGAGUGUGGGACAACUUUCGCUCGAUCAGGUCAUCUCAUAUCACAUCAACGUAUUCACUCAGGAGAAAAACCGUUCAGCUGUGAAGAGUGUGGGAAAACUUUCACUACAUCAGGUGCUCUCAAAAUACAUCACCGUAUUCAUACUGGAGAAAAACCGUACUGGUGUGAAGAGUGUGGGAAAACUUUCACUACAUCAGGUGCUCUCAAAAUACAUCACCGUAUUCAUACAGGAGAAAAACCGUACUGGUGUGAAGAGUGUGGGACAACUUUCGCUCAAUCAAGUCAUCUCAAAAUACAUCAACGUAUUCAUCCAGGAGAAAAACCAUAGUGGUGUGAAGAGUGUGGGAAAACUUUUUCUCAAAGUAUUCACCUUUUAAAGUCCAUGAGCGAAUGCACACUGCAUUGUUUUUGAAGAACUAUGAGAGCCAAGCCAGCUGUUUCCUCCUCCUGAUGUCCUGAGAGCUGUAGUUAUAUGUUAAGAGUCUUUCUGAAUUGAAGUCUCAUUGAAAUAAAGCUUAUUUCAUU